CCCUUCCCGACCCCGAUGCCUAAGAACAGCAAGGUAACGCAGCGCGAGCAGAGCCAUGAGCACGUCACAGAGUCGGUGGCCGACCUGCUCGCACACGAGGAGCCGCUCGACUACAAGAACAGCUCCCUGAACGUCGGGGGGGCCGCCGGGAAGAAAGUCCCGCAGAUAGAGGUGCCCGAAAAUGAUGGACGCCCCGCCUGGAACAGCAAACUGGAGUACAUCCUGGCCCAGGUGGGCUUCUCUGUGGGCCUGGGGAACGUGUGGCGCUUCCCUUACUUGUGCCAGAAGAAUGGAGGAGGCGCCUACCUGGUUCCCUACUUCAUCCUCCUCCUCAUCAUCGGCAUCCCGCUCUUCUUCUUGGAGCUGGCUGUGGGUCAGAAGAUCCGACGUGGGAGCAUCGGGGUCUGGAACUACGUCUGUCCCAGCCUGGGCGGGAUAGGGAUGUCCAGUCUGAUGGUGUGUGGCUUUGUGGGUCUUUACUAUAAUGUGAUCAUCGGCUGGAGCAUCUUCUAUUUCUUCCAGUCCUUCCAGUAUCCUCUUCCAUGGAGCGACUGUCCGAUCAGAAAGAAUGGGACACUUGCCAUUGUGGAGCCGGAGUGUGACAAAAGCUCGGCUACGACCUACUUCUGGUACCGGCAGACCCUGAACACCACCAGCACCAUCGCGGAGAGCGGCGGCCUCAACAUCAAAAUGACUCUGUCUCUGCUGGUGGCCUGGAUCAUCGUCUGCCUCGCCGUCAUCAGAGGAAUCGCCUCCUCUGGGAAGGUGAUGUACUUCAGCUCUCUUUUCCCCUACGUGGUGCUAUUCUGUUUCCUGGUGAGGGGUUUAAUGCUGAAGGGAUCAGUAGACGGUAUCGCUCACAUGUUCACUCCCAAGCUGGAGAAGAUGCUGGAGCCCCAGGUGUGGAGGGAGGCAGCCACCCAGGUGUUCUUCGCCCUGGGCCUGGGAUUCGGAGGAGUCAUUGCCUUCUCCAGUUACAAUAAGAUCGAUAACAACUGUCACUUUGACGCUGUGCUCGUCUCUAUCAUCAACUUUUUCACUUCUAUUCUGGCCACACUGGUGGUGUUCGCUGUGCUGGGCUUCAAGGCCAACAUCAUGAACGAGAAGUGUGUCGUAGAGAAUGCAGAGAAGAUCCUGGGAUACCUCAACUCUAACGUCCUGAGUCACGAUCUGAUCCCCCCACAUGUAAACUUCUCCCAUCUCACCACAUCAGACUACGCUGAGAUGUACGGGGUCAUCAAGACGGUGAAAGAGGGCGGCUUCGCCCAGCUGGGUCUGGAGCCUUGUCUCCUGGAGGACGAGCUCAACAAGGCCGUCCAGGGCACGGGCUUGGCCUUUAUCGCCUUCACAGAGGCCAUGACCCACUUCCCUGCGUCUCCAUUCUGGUCGGUCAUGUUCUUCUUCAUGCUCAUCAACCUCGGUCUGGGCAGCAUGAUCGGCACCAUGACUGGCAUCACCACACCUGUCCUCGACGCCUACAAGGUCCAGAAGGAGCUUUUCACUGUGUGUUGCUGCAUAGUGGCCUUUUUCUGUGGCCUGUUGUUCGUUCAGCGCUCAGGGAAUUACUUUGUCACCAUGUUUGACGACUACUCUGCCGGACUGCCUCUCACUGUAGUGGUCAUCCUGGAAAAUCUGUCUGUCGCUUGGAUUUACGGCACAAAAAGGUUCCUGCAGGAUCUGGAGGACAUGUUGGGUUUCCGACCAUGUAAGAUCUAUUUCUACCUGUGGAAGUACGUCUCCCCUCUGUGUCUCAUUGUGCUCAUCAUAGCCACUGUCAUUGAGAUGGCCAUCAGCCCGCCAGGAUACAAUGCCUGGGUCGAAGAGCUGGCUCAGGAGCGCUUCCAGAGCUACCCUCCCUGGGCACUGGCCAUGUGCUUCUCUCUCAUCGUCGUAGCCAUGCUUCCUCUCCCCAUAGUCUUCAUCGCCCGGCGCUUCAAUCUGAUGUCAGACGGCUCCAACAAGUUGUCUGUCUCCUACCGUAAAACCAUGAUGAAGGACAUGUCCAACCUGGAGGAGCAGGACGAGGCCAGAUUCAUCCUCGGGGCCAAGCCCGGUGAGGCGCCGUCAUCGGUGCCGGCGCGCAAAGCCUACCUCACUCCAGCAGGGAACAAAUCUCUGGACCCCAACUCUCUGUCUCCAAACAGCUGCUACGGUACGAGCUACCAGAACGCUGCCAUCAGCCCCACCACACCGACUACACCAACCACGCCUGCCACGCCAGAGUCUGACUCUUGA